UAUAAAAUGAAGAAUAUUAACUUAUCCGAACUUUCGAAUGGCACCACUAGAAUGUUCCUGAGACGGCAGCAACGUCAUUCAAGUUUUAUACAGCCAAAUACUUGGGUCCACUGUUACCAUCCUACCGAGUUAAAUACUGAUACGCAAAAUGAUUGCUUGUAUGUUCGCAACAAUUCCAGAUGCAAGGAAUAUGUACAAUUAAUCAAUUACUUGGAAUUUAUUGUCUGCAAAAUUGGCGCCACUAGUUCGAUCUCAGGACUAAUACAAAUAUUCGCCUGCACUUCAAUACUCUUAUGCUUUUACUUUCUAGGCCUCAUAGUUAUUGGGAGAUAUUUUCUUAUACCAAAUAUUUUGACAAUGAAUAAAAUAUUCCGUUUUCCGGAUUUCGAAUUUGGUUACUCAAUUAUCACAUUUUUCAUGGUAUUUUGUGAUUUCAUUGAAGCAGUGAUUAAGUGUUAUACGUACGAAGGUAUGGCGUCUUUAGAAAUAUCCGAAAAUAUCGGUCAAGUGCUAUGUACCUUAAGUGUAGGAAUGAUAGUGUUUGGAUUUUCCAAAAAAUUUCACCGCUACCAAAGCUCUCAUUUUCUGCGUCUUAUUUUAAUGUUAUUUUUCGGACUUACAUAUUUGGUAUGGAUACUUGAUUACAAGCAGCAGCAAGAUGAAGAAUACAACUCUGCUACAGGAGUUGAUGUUAAUUUAAAAAUCCACGCUGCCGGUAUGGUUAUAGUGUACGCGUUAAUUCUAUUCUUCACACUUGCACUGAUUAAACGUAUUCCAAUAGCUGAUAUAAAAAGAAUGGAAGAACAGUCCUUUGAUAAUCGAAAUAGGCUCUUUCCCGAGGAUAAGCAGUUACUGAUGUACAUUUAUACAUUUAAUCCCUUUGCCAACAUGAAAAACUGGAAAUUGCCCACUGUGCUUACUGCAGUAAUACAAUAUUUAUUUAUAUGUAAAUGCGUCAUAUGUUUACACUAUUUCUAUAAUUUUAAGACUCCUUUGUGGGUUUUAGCAGCACUUCAAAUUCCAGUUGUUGAUCAAAAUCGUCCCAUGAACGGUUGGAGUCGGAAUGCAGUGCUAAUUAGUUUUUUUACUUUUCCAUUGAUUUUGUGUAUGUACUUCAACUCAGUAAUAGCUUUAUAUAUUGGCCUCCCUUUUGGAGUAAUUGCGGCUCUAGUUACCCACUGUACGACUGAAGUAGAUCGAAAGCCUAGUUUUCAUGAGCAGAUAUAUUCUAUUUAUGGGGUGGCAGUAGCCAUGUUUUGGAUAUAUUUAAUCGAUAAUGAAAUAGAAAACAUAGUGUGGCAAUUAGCGACGUACUUGGGCAAUUGGAGUAUUGACACAAUUGUAUUAACGACAUUUCCCGCUGGAUUCGGAAUCAUUGUAUAUACAAUAUGUUCAACGCUGGUGUCCCAGGACAGAGGAGAGCUUGCGUUAGGCGUUUUGACUGGUAUUUCUGUGUUUUGCACUUAUUUUCCUUUGGCUGUCGUUAAGUUCCGGAUUUGCUCCACAAAGUAUGAUAAGGUGGUAGUGACUGCUAACACGUACACAGGAUUUGUUUUUAUGCUGUUAAUAUUAGUCUACACAAUGGUUUAUGUUUUUAUAUUAAGAUAUGAGCUUCGAAGAAGUUAUGGUUACGCUGUACUCACUGAAUAUAUAGUUUAUCUAAUCGUAAUGCUUCUCUCAGAGUUUCAAGCGAUUCAUCCGUAUGGAGCAACACACGCAAUUCUAAAAGGCGCACCACAAUCAGCGUACUGGUCUUAGACGACACAAUGUAAAACGUUUUACAUUUUUUAUUACUAAUCGGUUUAGUUUCUUUAGAUAUGUUUUGAAACAAAUAAUACUGCACUAAGUACUAUUUCCUUAACUUCAGUAUAAGUUGUUGAGCAAAGUCUUCAUAAGCUUUUUAUUUGAUUUAGUUGUGGUACUUUUGGAGUAUAUUUUUCACCUGCUGUUUAUUUGGUGCUGUGCUUAAUCUUUUCCUACUAAUACCAUAUAUUAAAAGAUUGCAUUGAGUAUUAUUUUCUACUCUGAUUAUUUUGAAAGAAA